AUGACGUCACAUAGGAACCGCGCCGCCAGUGCGUCGUUGGGCCGACAAGAUGACAACAGUUUUCAUCAUUCGUUACACUAUGAUUACACCUGCCUAGGAAGUGCCGUCAGAAUGUGCCUGAUCCGCACUGUUCAUGUUGUGAAGUGGGCAUAUGAGUACCAAAACGCAAAUGAUGAAAACCAGUAUCACAAUCCAUCUUUCGGGUCUGAAUGGUGA